GAAAAGGAGCGUUAAACCUUGGAAGCCAGAAAUACAAACCAGUGCUUCAGUAUGCCUUUUACUACCAGAAUGCAAUUUUACAAGCAUGCAUCAUGUAUAUAUAUUAUCCCAAAGAUAGGUAUGAAAUCAGUAGUAUACAAAUACUGUAAAACCUGCAGUGUUAAGCCUUGAAUAGCCUGGAAAAGGUUUGAAAAAUGUCUGGUUUUCCUCAACUGAAAUACCUGGAAUUUUGCUAGAAAACCUGGAAAAAGUCGGGGAAAAAGUCUGGAAUUUCACCAGCAGAAAAUUGUGGGAACCCUGCUUUUGAGAUAAAGCUUUGAAACUUUAAACAUCUGUUUACCAUCACCAUGUCCAGUUAUAGGCAAGAGUACAUAACUCCAUCAAGGAUUUUGGCUGAACUAUGGCCCUUUUUGACUUAGAAAUCGUGGUUAAGUUUUUCGUACCAGUUCAUAUUUUUUGUAAAGUGUUUGACAUAUGGCUUUGAAACUUUUAUCACUUGUUUAGUAUAAUAGUCUCUAUCUGUAGGAAAGAGAACAUAACUCUGUCAUCUAUUUUGGCUGAAUUAUGGCCCAUUUUGAACUUUGAAAUUGGUUCUGUUUUCAUACAAGUCCAUGUUUUGUCAAAACUAUUUGACAUAUGGCAUUUAAACUUUGAACACUUGUUUAUCAUUAUGAUUUUCAUCUGUAGGCAAGAGUACAUAACUAUUUUGACUGAAUUAUGGCCCUUUUUGGACUUUGAAAUUGGCUCAUAUAUUGCCAUUUAGUGCAAGACUUAUCAAAAUCAAAGUAAUACAGGAACAUUGUUUGUCUAAUCUAUUUAUUUCUUUUGUCUGAAUAUCCGUGGAAAUAUUUUGACCCCAUUCUUCAAUCAAUUCUUCGAAUAGUCGAGCGCGCUGUCAUCAGACAGCUCUUGUUGUUCAACUUUGAGUAUGUUGAUUUGCUUGAAAUUGAAACAGUAGUGAUACCUUUGCUGUCUUUACUAUUUCAGACAGAGUACAGAGAGACAGAUGGGGCUUGUGAUGUUCCAAGAUCUGGAAGAGUUGUCUCCUAUGGAAGGACGUGAAACACCAUUUUCAUUGCAGCUGCAAAUUGCUGAGGAAGACCUGAGACUGGAGACCGGUGCUGAGCGCACAGUUUUACUACAGAUUGCUGAGAGUGUUUACAGGUUUGGACUUGGAGCUCUGGCCGGAGCUACUGGGGCUACAGCAGUCUACCCUAUAGAUCUGGUAAAAACACGGUUACAGAACCAGAGAACGGGUAUGAUGGUGGGUGAGUUGAUGUACAAGAACAGCUUUGACUGUUUCAAGAAAGUAGUACGUCAUGAGGGCUUCCGAGGCUUGUACAGAGGGCUUGGUCCACAGCUUGUGGGUGUUGCCCCAGAGAAAGCUAUCAAAUUGACAAUGAAUGAUUUGAUGCGAGACAGAUUAUGUAACAAAGAUGGCAGUAUUGCAUUGUGGGCAGAAAUGGCAUUGAAAAAUAUGAAAGGGCUCAGACUGGCUGCGAUCAUGCAAGCAACCAAGGAGUACGCCUGGUGUUAG